AUGAAAGAAAUGGUACAUGGAAAUUAUGACAGAUGUCAAGUACAGUGGCACCUUACAUCAUAUCUCAAAAGUCACAGGAAGUCUACCGAGCAUUUGAAUUCACAUAAAAAGUGGAUAGUGUUUUCCGAGGGUCUCAAAAAGUCACAAACUGUCAACGCCCAUGUUCAAAGGCAUCUGAAUACUGAAAGCAGACAUUGGAAAAAUUUUCUUGGGCGCUUAAUAUCAAUAAUUCAUUUCCUAGGUCAGCACUGUCUGCCUUGGAGAGGAAGUACAGAUACACUCGUUCAGCCUGACAACAGAAACUUCUUGAAACUUGUUGAAUUAUUCGGAAAGUUCGACACUGUGAUGAUGGAGCACGUGCACAGAACAAAGAAAGGUGAGACCAAGGGUCAUCAUUAUCUUGGAAAAGAAACAAAGAAUGAAAUAAUUCAUCUUAUUGGAUCAUCUAUAACCAACAACAUUCUAUUAAUGAUGAAAUCUGCAAAGUCGUGCUCAAGUUCUUGGAACAUAAAAAAAUCCUAUUGGGAAAGUAGCAUCGAUGACCUUACUCCGCCGAGGUUUCAAAUUGGAGACAUUUAUGAUGCACUGAUUCAGAUAUCAGGAAAAUUCAAUGUAACUAAUCAACUGAAAGCUCAUUGUGAUUAUUUUGACUUUCUCUACAACAUUGACGAGAUGAAGAAUGCACCUCCAGACAGCCUGGACACAAAGUGUCCAAAAGAGAUUCUGAAGUUUAUGGGAAGAUAUAAUUUUUGCCCAAAUGUUAACAUUGGUUUGAGGAUUCUACUAACACUCUCAGUGAUAGUUGCGAGUGGAAAGAGGAGUUUCUCAAAACUGAAAUUGAUAAAGACGUACCUCCAAUCAAUGUUGAAUACAUUAUAUGUUCACAACCAUUGA